CAAAGCCAUGGAUGAGGUUGUUCUGUGCACACUCCAACAAGUAGAAGAUGACAAAAAGCGUGUUUGAAUGAAGUUCGUUUAGAAUUUUAGUGUGUUUAAAUAAAGGUAUUAUUCGAGAGAUGCUGAAGAUGAUGAUGCGGAAUAUAGCUGCUUCUUCUUCUUCUUAUUGCACCAGCAGGAGAUGGAGAGGUACGCCUUGUCUUCACUCUCACUCCACUGUUGUUGUUUUUGCCAACGAGUACUUUGCUUUCCUUCACUCUCAAUCUCAACCUUCUAAACCAAUCAAAUCUACAAGAACCCAACUAGACCAGGCAGUGAGAAACGUACCCACAAUCACAACUGUUGAGGAUGCUUUCAAUGUGUUUGAUAGAAUGCUUCAAAUGCGUCCUCCGCCUUCAGUUGUUCAUUUCAAUCAAAUAUUGGGUCAAGUUGCGAAAUUGAAACAUUAUUCCGCCGUCAUCUCAUUGUAUAACCAAAUGGAUGUGUCGGGAAUUGGACCUGAUGUUUAUACUCUAAACAUUCUCAUAAAUUGUUAUUGUCAUCUAAACCAAAUGGGAUUUAGUUUAUCUGUAUUGGGAAAUUUCUUCAAACUUGAUCUUGAACCAGAUGUCUUUACCUUCAACACUCUGAUCAACGGCUUUCUUCUUGAGCAUAGAGUGGCGGAGGCAGCUGCACUUCUCCACAAAAUGGAUGUGUCGGAAAUUGGACCUGAUGUUUAUACUCUAAACAUUCUCAUAAAUUGUUAUUGUCAUCUAAACCAAAUGGGAUUUAGUUUAUCUGUAUUGGGAAAUUUCUUCAAACUUGAUCUUGAACCAGAUGUCUUUACCUUCAACACUCUGAUCAACGGCUUUCUUCUUGAGCAUAGAGUGGCGGAGGCAGCUGCACUUCUCCACAAAAUGGAUGUGUCGGAAAUUGGACCUGAUGUUUAUACUCUAAACAUUCUCAUAAAUUGUUAUUGUCAUCUAAACCAAAUGGGAUUUAGUUUAUCUGUAUUGGGAAAUUUCUUCAAACUUGAUCUUGAACCAGAUGUCUUUACCUUCAACACUCUGAUCAACGGCUUUCUUCUUGAGCAUAGAGUGGCGGAGGCAGCUGCACUUCUCCACAAAAUGGAUGUGUCGGAAAUUGGACCUGAUGUUUAUACUCUAAACAUUCUCAUAAAUUGUUAUUGUCAUCUAAACCAAAUGGGGUUUAGUUUAUCUGUAUUGGGAAAAUUCUUCAAACUUGGUCUUGAACCAGAUGUCUUUACAUUCACCACUCUAAUCAAAGGCUUUCUUCUUGAGAAUAGAGUGGCGGAGGCAGCAGGAAUUUUCAACAAAAUGAUUGCGGGAGGUAAUUGUCAGCCCAGUGUGGUUACUUACGGCACACUAGUAAAGGGCUUUUGCAUGAAAGGUAACAAUAGUGCUGCAAUUCAGUUGCUUAGGAAGAUGGAGGAAGGAGCUUGCAAGCCUAACCUAGUUGUCUAUAGCACAAUCAUCGACAGUCUUUGUAAGGACACACUAGUUGAUGAUGCAUUAAACCUCUUCUCAGAAAUGAUGUGCAAGGGUAUUGCCCCAAAUGUCAUUACCUAUACAUCCUUGAUUCAUGGAGUUUGCAAAUUAGGCGAGUGGAAAGAAGCUACAAAGUUGUUGAAUGACAUGGUGAGUAAAAGUAUCUUUCCAGAUGCGCACACAUUCAAUGUCUUGGUAGACGCACUUUGUAAGGAGGGAAUGACCGUGGAAGCAGAAGGCGUGGUUGAGAUGAUGAUUCAAAGAGGUAUUGAACCUGAUACGGUUACGUACAAUUCACUAAUGGAUGGUUACUGUUUGCAAGGAAGAAUGGACGAAGCGAAAAAGGUUUUUGAACUAAUGCUUCGCAAGGGCUUGAUGGUUGAUGUUGUUAGUUACAGCACAUUGAUAAAUGGAUAUUGUAAGCAUAAAAAGAUUGAUGAGGCCAUGAUGCUUUUUCUGGAUAUGUCUCAUAAGGGACUAGUUGCAAAUCCUGUUACCUAUAACACUCUUCUGGAUGGUUUUGGCAAAGCAGGUAGAAUACAGGAUGCACAAAAGUUGUUCUCCGAGAUGCAAGCUUGUGGCCAGCUUCCAAAUGCUCAAACUUAUUCUAUUUUACUGGAUGGCAUGUGUAAAAACCGACAACUGUCUACCGCAAUGCAAUUGUUUGGAGAGAUGGAAGCGAAGAAGUUGGAUAUUAAUAUUGUGAUUUACAGUAUUCUUAUUGAAGGUUUGUGCAUAGCUGGAAAAAUUGAAUCUGCAAGGGAUCUCUUUUGUGGUUUAUCAUCAUCAGGACUUCGACCUGAUGUGAGGACAUACACUAUAAUGAUUAAUGGACUCUGUUUCGCGGGCCUUACAAGUGAAGCAGAAAAGUUACUUAUUGAAAUGGAAGUGAAAGGCUGUUCUCCUGAUGGUUGGACCUUUAACACAAUUAUCCGAGGGUUCAUCCAUAAUAAACAGACAUCAAGGGCGAUGGUACUUAUUCAAACAAUGGUAGAGAAGGGUUUUUCUGCAGAUGCAUCAACAAUGGAGUUGAUAGUUAAUUUACUGUCGAAAGAUGAAGUGGAUCCUGCUUUGUUGCCUUUGAUAAAAAAAUCACUGUGAAAUUAAUAUGCAUUUGUGGACAAUGAAAUUUGGAACUGCUGCACCUUCAACGACCAUAAAGGUAUUACAGUGGUUGUGCGUAUGGCAGGAGGUGAAAAUGCCUUCUCACUUGCAUCCUUAAUUUCUGGUAUUAGUUCUGUUUAGUGGGAUAUCUCUUUUGAACUU